ACGUUUAUCGUCCUUCUGGCUGUGUGGAAGAAACAUCAACAUCAGCGAAGCAAACAUGAUCAACUGGAAGGCUUUGGACAACGUCCCCAUCCUGUUGUACAUCCUGGCCCUGAAGACACUGCUGCUGUGUUUGGCCUUCGCGGGGGUGAAGAUCUACCAGGGGAAGAAGGCAGAGGAGGCCCUGAAGAAGCAGCAGGCCGAGAGGAGACGGCUGGCCCAGCGAACGCAGGAGCUCAUCGACAACUUGAAGGAAGACUGAGGAGGCCUCCUGUUACUCAUCGGGCCGACAAGGAGCAGCAGAGAGACUUUUCUGUGUCUCAGGGAAGAGAAUCCCGUCUGGGGAAACAAUAUGUUGUUUGACUGAAGCAUGUUUUUGUUGAAUAAGAAGACUCAGAUGUUUUUUCGAUCUGAAAUGGACGAAACAUAUUUCUGGGCUGAACUUUCCACAUGUUUUCACUGAAAGUGAGUUUAAAGCUUUAUUAUUAAGCUUUGUUCACCCAACACAAGUUUGACAAUUUUGCUUAUUUAUAUCAUUAAAGCAAGCUGUUUGUUGUGUAAAAUUAUUGUACAUUAUCAUAGGUUUGUGCCAAACUUUUAUAAUGGAUUAAAAUAGUUUUUUUCCAUAUGG